UCUGACAGCGACAUGUUUUCCUUGUGUUUACAUUAUUCUGCAGAUUUACAAAGUGAUUUAAUAUGUAGUAAUACUUAUUAAACCCUCUUUAUUUAUUAUUUUUGAGCUAUAAUGGGCAAUGCGCAGAGUUACGUGGUUUCCUCGCUCUCUGUGUGUUGUGUGUAUAUCGUUUAUGUUCACAUUUACAGCUCCUACAAGUCGUUAAAAACUCAUGUUCUCUACGAGGAGAGGCUUCCAAGUUUUCUGUUUCUUUACAUCAAAUAUCUGACCAAAGCUGUGGCUCAGAGGACGGGAUUCCUGAGCAAAGAAACUACAAACCAGCCGGAUGUAGUUUACACUGUGCUCAACUGCAGGCUGCAGACCCCCCUGUUGAGGAGUUUCUGCGGCGCUGCAGGUUAUGGUUGGGAUUAUCCGGACUCGGACUACCGAGACGUUCCUCUGUGUUUCCCCGAGGUUCUCUGCCGCAGAUUGCUGCUGACGCUGAUCACAGACCAGCACUUCAGACUCAGCCCAGCAGGUCUGGUUCGUGUGCAUCAGAGUUUGAAGACCCUGCAGCCGGUGGAUGAACUGAAGAAAGGUCCGUUCUCUCUGCAGGCUCGAGUCCUGCAGUACCGGAGCCUCGAUGUCGGGGUGGAGGUGGACGUCUGUCUGUUGGCCGCCUCUCGUACCGGGACCCCCGUGUGGGAGAGCGUCCUCACUCUGCUGUCAGGAAACAAGACGCACAAAACCUGCAGAAACCCAUCUGAGAGGGAAGACACAUGCCAACCAGAUGAGUGUGUGGCAGAAAACGUGAAGCAGGUAGAUCUGAAAGUCUCCAGGAUGAGCGGCCUGCAGAGUGUUUGGUUUUUCUCGCCCCUCCGGCUCUUUGGCUGCAGAUCGAUCACCGCCCCGAGUCUCUGGAUGCUGUCUGUCUGCAUGGCUGAGAUAGAAAAACACAAAGGUGUCGGAGUCAUCACAGCUCCUGUUAAAGUCUCCGCUCAGUUUAAGGAGCCUCUGCUGUUACCAGGCAGAGUCACCAUCAGUUUUUGGGAGACGACAGGAAACGAGGGUGAGUUUCCUCCCAACGUCCUCGCCUUCAACAUGCAGCGACACGGAGGCAACACAUCUCACGUCACGGGAUUUAUUACUAGGUGAUUUAAAUAAUAUAAGGUGAAUAUUUGCAGCAGUCAAAACAUAAUAAAACCACUGACAUAGUAUUGUUUUAGUGCUUUAAAUAUGAUAGGAUGGUGUAUAAUCAAUGUUGUUUGUUCUCAUAAUCAUAAAAUAAGGUCAUUUGUUUAUAAAUACAAAUAAAGUUGUAUUAUGUUCCUUAAUUCUGUUUCAAAGGAUGCCUCUGAUUGUGUAGAUAUAUUAAAAAGCUCCAUGUAAUUCAAUAAAAA